AUGCUUUCCCCUCACGUUUCAUCCUGUCUGAUAUUCCCCUUUCUCGUAGCCGUUUCUCCUUCUGUGCUCCCUGAGCGGCGGCGCACACCACCUGUUCGACGGAACACCGCUCCAGAGCUAGAAGCUUCGUCCAUGGCGAGCGGGGUGGAUCGCAUCAGCGCCCUCCCGGAUGACGUCCUCCACCAAGUGCUCCACUUCCUGCCGUCUCAAGAGGUGGUGCGGACAUGCGUGCUCGCCCGGCGCUGGCUCGGCGUCUGGAGGUUCAUGCCCGCCUUCCGCUUCAACGGCGCCAAGGGGUGGGGCAGCGCCGACAGGUUCGCCCAGUUCGUGGACCACCUCCUUCACCUCAGAUUCGGGGGCGACGGCGGCAGAUGCGCGCCUCUGGAUUCCUGCGAUUUCGACUUCGAUUCCGACGGGUUCAUGCGAUUGCCCGCUAACGAGCAGCAUGCGAGCAACUGGAUCUGGAAAGUCGUGCCCAAUGUACGGAUGCUCCGGCUUCGCGUGGUCGAGUUUGGGCAGGAACCCUCGCCACUAUCUGAUCUGCAUCUCGUUUCCCAGCACCUCACCAAGUUAGAGCUUGUUGGUGUCGGUGUGAAAGACAGCGUUGUUGAUUUUUCAGGCUGUCCGGCACUGGUGGAGCUGAGUAUGGAUGUUUGUGAUGUUUUUGUCAAACAGCUGUUGUCUCCAUCCUUGAAGCAUCUGCGCAUUACCCGCUGUUAUACCUCUGAGUACACUCGCAUCCUUAUUUCUGUACCCAGUCUCGUUUCGCUUGAGUUGAUCGAAUGCCGCCAAGGAAGGGUUCCAUUGCUUGAAAGCUUGCCGCGGUUAGCGAGAGCUGUUGUUGUGCUUACCGAUGAUUGUAGUGAUCGAUGCUCGAAGGGUCGAUUUGAUAAUUGUGGUGCUGAUAUCUGUGAAGAUUGUUGGUGGUAUUAUGGGGAUCCUGAAUAUGGGCCUAUAUAUGACCGCAAUAACAGCAUCUUCCUCAAAGGUUUAUCUGAAGCUACGGACUUGGAGUUGUCGUCUGAUUCUGAGUUGAUUCUUUUCGAUAGGGAUUUGAAGUGGUGCCCUACAUUUACCAAGUUGAAGACUUUGUUACUCAAUGAUUGGUGUUUGGCUGCCGACCACAAUGCACUGAUUUGUUUUCUCCAACACUCGCCGAUUUUGGAAAAGCUUACUCUUCAACUUUUUAAGGGACCUUCAUAUGUGACUGAAACAGAAGGAAUGUACAAACCAUUGGGACUGUCAGUUGCAUCCAACUGUCUUACAACCGUUGAAAUCAGAUGUGCAAAUGUUGAUAGUAAGGUUCACAGACUUUUGAAGAUACUGACUACCUACGGUAUACGCCUUGAGCAAAUUAGGGUCCAACAAACUAGCAAAAUUUCUGCACCUGGAUGUUUCCAUUUUGUUUGCAGUAGUUUCAGCUAA